AUGGAAUUUACAAUAGUUAGAAAUUUAUUAAUUAUUUUAGGAAUUUUAUUUGCAAAGAAUGCAUUGGUUUAUGGUACAGGAAAGGUUGAAAAUGAUAUUGACAAGGAAUUAGAUUACCCAAAAAUGUUUUAUAUUUUGGCAUCAAAUCAAGAUCAAACCAAUAUCUUUUUUCAAAAUGUAUCGCAAAUCCAACCAACUCAAAUCAAUGAGGAACCAAGAGACGAUUAUUUAAAAUGGAUUAAAAAUAAUUCUACUUUUGGUACUACCGAUAGAUUUGUAAAUAUGAAAUCAAAUGGUGAUAUAAUAUUUUAUUCAAAAUUAUUUAAUAGUGAUGGUAUAAGUUGGUCUUUUCCAACGAUUGAUGGAUCAAAGGAAAUGAAAUUAACACCAAAUGCACCACAAUUUUUUGUGGUUCAAGCUGGAGCUGGAGCUGCUGCUAAAAAGGAACCGGCUGAUUCUUCUGAAUCACCAGUUGUUGAUAGUGGAAAAUCAAUUCAAAAGGCAAAGAGUGUUUAUCAGCCAUACUUUGAUACAGCUCGUUCAACUGGGGUUGGAUUUGGUAUUACUGAAGCAGACACCGAAUUCUCUUCAUCCUAUUUAUCAUUUUUAAAGUUUUCAAAUGAACCUAUUAGUUGGUCAAGUUCAAAAUUAGAAAUAGAUCCAUCUAAAUUGGAAUCAUUCAAAACUUGUUUUGAUACUAAAACAGAUACCUAUUAUGUAUUAUGUAAAUCUAAACCGACCUCCACCUCUACACAAUCAGAUACAACUACAACUUCAACUACAACUACUACAUCAAAACGAGUUUCACAAGGAUCAAGUCAAGAUGCAUCUUCUAGUUCUCCUACUCCUGCUUCCUCUGAACCAAUUAGUAAUAAUACAUACUUAGUAUCAUUUCAACCAUUUUUAAAAGAGAAACCAGAUGUUGCAGUGGUCAAUGUGAUUCAAGCUGAAUUACCAGUCAGUUUCAACUAUGAAACUAGUCAUAUGGCAUGUUAUAAUAACAAAAUAUUGGCAGUUGGUAAUCAAGUUGGAGAGGAAGGCCAAACCCAACUCUAUGGUUACAAUAUUAAAUUGGCUGAUGGAUCUGUUAAACAAGUUGUUACCAAAACAUUCAAAAUCGAUGCAUUGGCUAGAUCAUACACCGACCCCAAAUUUGCUGCAUUCUACAACAAGGAUAGUCUAAAAUUGUCAAUCUACAAUCUUGAAACCAAUGCUAGUAGUGACCAUGAUUUUAAUAUGACACUCCCAAUUAAUUUUGUUGCUAGAGAUUUUAUGUUAUCAAAUAUUUACCCAAGUUCACAUUUCUCUUCAAUCUAUGACACGUCUGAAGAUAGUUUUGGUCUUUCCAUCUUUUCUUCUAUUCCUCUUCUUUUCACCAUUUUGAUUUCAAUUGUCUCCAUUAUUAUUUAA